AUAACAACGCACUGUACAUACAGUAUCUACAUUUAUUUGCUCUCUACUAUUUAAUUAGGUUAACGUUUGACAGAUACGUGAAGUUGUGUUAGUGAUUAUUAGGAUCAAUUUAUUAACAUGUUUUCAUUCUUCUCAGAUUUGAAACACAGAUAUCCAAAGUCAGUGUUCUUCAUAGUUGGAAAUGAGUUUUGUGAAAGAUUUUCCUACUAUGGGAUGCGAACCAUCCUCUCCCUGUACCUGGUGGACAUUCUUCGCUACAACGAGGACUCGGCUACACUCAUCUAUCAUGCCUUCGCCAUGUUUUGCUACUUCUUCCCUCUCUUUGGAGCCAUACUGUCCGACUGCUACCUUGGAAAGUUCAAAACGAUCUUCUACUUGUCGUUAGUUUACGCAGCGGGAAACAUCGUUAUAUCAUCCUCAUCAUCGCCACUGUUUGGUGUGGAUCAUAAAAGAUUCUUCAGUUUGCUCGGACUGUUGCUGAUCGCUGUGGGCACAGGUGGUAUCAAGCCUUGUGUCUCAUCGUUCGGAGGUGACCAGUUUGUGCUGCCGCAGCAGGCCAAGCAGCUUGCACAGUUCUUCUCUCUCUUUUACUUCUCCAUCAACGCCGGCAGUCUGCUGUCCACUUACCUCACUCCAGUGCUGCGCCAUGACGUUCAGUGUUUCGGCGAAGACACCUGCUUCCCGCUGGCGUUUGGUGUUCCCGCACUCCUCAUGGUAAUAGCUUUAAUAAUUUUCCUUCUUGGCAAGAAACAAUAUGUCUGUAAGAAUCCUGAAGGCAACAUUGUUGUAGAUGUAUCUAAGUGUGUUUCACAUGCCGUGUGUCAGAAGGUUCAAUCAGCAGAGAAAAAAGAACACUGGCUUGACCACUCCGUGGAUCGUUUCGGCCAAGGUCUUGUCAAUGACACCAAGGCUGCAAUGGCUAUUCUGUGGAUGUUCCUCCCCCUCCCCUUCUUCUGGGCACUUUAUGACCAACAGGGCUCUAGGUGGACAUUCCAAGCUACCCGCAUGGAUGGCAGGCUCGGGCCGUUCACCAUCAAGCCUGACCAGAUGCAGGUGGUCAAUCCAUUCCUCAUUCUGACAUUCAUCCCCCUGUUUGAUUCCGUGGUCUACCCAGCGCUCGCCCGAUGUCACCUCCUCACCCGUCCCCUGCAGCGGCUGUCCGUGGGAGGUCUACUGGCUGCACUCGCCUUCCUGGUGUCUGCAUUUGUAGAGAUGAAGCUUGAGGCCACUUACCCGGUUCUACCAAAGGCAGGCAUCAGUCAUCUGAGGAUAUUCAACGGACUGGACUGUGCAGUGGAUGUACAGUCUUCAAUUGCCACUCUUAAUGGUAGAGUGGCCUCACUAGAUAGUCUGCCACUCGUGGACAUCCCACUCACAGACUCUGCUCAGUAUACGCUCAACUUCACCACUCUCAACUGUCCUCAGCUCAAAAACGUCAACUUUACUGGCGCUGUUACACUCACGGAGGCUCAGGCAGUGUCUUUGUUCCUUCAUUCCACCCUGGGCGUGCCAACAGCCUCGCAAGUUCCUGGGUUUGAUGCAGUUCAAAAAGACAGUGUUAAUCCGAUAAUAAGGGUUUUGUUCACUACACCACCAAAGCAAGAAGUUCUGAAGCUGACCCAAGACGGAUACAGCAAGAAUAUUGUCCUGCACAAUAACACCUUUAACACUCUGCCUGUACAAGUCCUCAAAACUGGAAGGUUUGAACUUGAGCUUGGAGGUAACAAACUGGUGUCUAAUGUUGAGCUCAACCCUGCAGGAAUUUACACGCUCAUCGUCAACUCAGACUACAAUGACAAAAUUGAAGCCAACUUAGUCACUGUGACUCCACCAAACUCCGUCCACAUGUUGUGGCUUCUGCCGCAGUACAUCAUCAUCACAGCCGCGGAGAUCAUGUUCUCAAUCACUGGCCUCGACUUUUCCUUUACUCAGGCGCCAGUGUCCAUGAAGUCCCUAAUCUCCGCAGCCUGGCUGUUAACAACUGCUUUUGGCAAUCUCAUCGUAGUUAUUGUUGCCGAAGUACAGUUCUUUGAAAGUCAAGUGCACGAGUUUAUACUUUUCGCAGUUCUCAUGGUGAUCGACAUGGUCAUCUUCAUCUUCAUGGCACUCAACUACAAGUAUUACAACCCUAACUCUAACUCUUCAAGCUCCAAAGAAAUCCCUGCUGAAAAACAGAAUGACUAAAAAUGUUCAUCAACCUUGUUUUACCCCGACUGUGAUUCCAGUAUAAUUUUAUUUCUUUAAACGCUUAGGAUAAGAAGCUGUAAGUAAAAUUCAGUUUCAUGACUACUUAUUGAGUUUUAUCAAUCGUAAAAUUAAAGUAUUCACAUUGAUGAUUUAUAAUUUAAGUAUUAAAAAAAAUAUAAAUAAUAGUUUUUAAUCCCUUGCUGAUGUACUUUAAACUAUAUUUUUGCAACUCUUGUAUUUCAUCCUACAAAUUGUUCCUUAAAUAUUGAACUAAACUUGUGAAAAAUAAAAUUCAGUAUUGUUUUCAAAUCAAACAGUUGUAAAUAAUAUAUAAGUUUGAUCAAUACCUACCUAUGUUAAGUUUUUACCUUUUAGUUUUUAGUUUCAAUAGUUUAUUUAAAAAACAAGUGCAAAAACCUUUAUAA